UCCGCAACGACGGGUGGCAUUGGUUAUGCUAAGUUUGUUCACAGAAAAUUUGAAUACGCACGUAUAACAACAUUACAGCGUAUCCUCUUAUAUGAUCCUCUUAAAUACUUGCUAAAUCCGACAAAACAAUGGCUUCAUCGACCACAACACCCAAGAUUCAGAUAAACGAAAGUGAACUCAAUGAGAUGCUACGAAUUAUCAACGCUGGGAAGAACUCUGAGGUAAAGAUCGUGGGAAAGUUGUUUGGAGAAUGGACGGAGUCAUCCACUCAACCUGUGAUACACUUGAUCACAGGACCAGGGCAAAGAGCGAAAAUAUCAAAGAAAAGCUUCAGUCCUGAUGGGUAUUACCACGUUAACGUUAAGAAGUACCUGGAGAGCGAACAUGGCUUGUCACAGGUUGGUUUAUGGUGUUCUGGAAGUGCAAACAGAUACCCGACACUCAAUCGCGAUAGUGGAGAAUAUCACAAUGCUUUGAUGCCUCAAAAAGGAGACAAAAUUGUGCUGAUGUUUGUACCUUGUACACGAGGAAAGCUGGAAAUCCAAUAUCGAAUAAUUGACAGAGAGAACCCAGAAUUAUCCCAGGUUGCUAUCCUAACAGCUGAAGAUGUUCUCCCGGGCACUAGUAAAUUUAGAGAGAUGCGGACAGUUUUCUACCGAGUCAAUGACGGAUCAAAGUAUCCAUCACUCUCACGCAACGAAACGAAGCAUUACUUUUCCAUGAAUAUGCUACCGGAGAGUCAACAUCGACCAUCAGAACUUAUUACCACACCAACUCGUGUCGCACCAGCCCGUGCCACAUCAACCGAUACAAGUGUCACGCCAACCAGUGGAGAGCAAACGCAUGACCCAGUGUUUGAUGAUGAUGAAUUUCGCUCGAGAAAUACCUCCAAUGGUUUCAAGUCUCCCAAAGUACCCGUUGAGCGGUUCAGGCGAAGUUCUGCGCGAAGUUUUGACAAGACUACAUUGUUGUGAAAUUCUUGCCAGAGCCUUCAAAUAAGUAUUGACAUCUAUUCUCAACGAUUUUAAACGCUAUUCCCGAGCUUUUAAAUCGAUUAACAUUCAUCUCUGGCGAGUUAGGGGAAAUUUCAAAAUUGAAUGGUAAACAAUCUUGAGAGUAAUGUCCGAGACAUACAAGGAUAUUGUAGUUCCUCUGUAAAUCUUUGUUAUGAUGAUAUUAUUGUGUAUAUAGCUGCUGGUUUAAAGAUAGUUUCAGAUAUUGCUGAACUUUUCAGAAAUUCCUUUUUGUUAAGCUGUUCGGAUGUGUUAGCUUUGUCAGCGUUUUCAGGUCUAAAAUAUUUUAAUAGUCCUGCAAACUCAUGCUGUGAAAUAUUGAACCAUUUGAUUUGUGGAGUCAUAUUAUGGUCAAACAGGUUUCAAACCGGUUUCGAAUAAUUUAUUUGAAUACGGGGAAAACCCAUCUUCUGGGAAAAGACCUAAACGUUUAGCAAUGAUCUAUUUAGACGCUGUUACCACGUGAUUUUGAUUCGUCCCUGCGAUAGGCUGAUUAUUGCACGUGUCCUCCUAAUACGUCUCAGUGAUUGGCUGUUUAUAUAAAAGCAAAGAGAGCGAAUUCAAGGGAAUUAUUUUUGUGUGGUGAACGAAUAGUGCAGAGCUGCACUAAGGAAAUUGAAAAUAAAGACUAAGCUUAGAGAGAGAAAAGUACGUUUAUUGAAAUGUCGAAUAGCAAAGAUAUACAAGGCCAUCUUUCCCAAGUUGCUCGAGGACAAGAGCCAACAGAGAAACUAGAAUUUGAUCCUCAGACUGGAAAAUUGCGAGUAACCAGAAGCCCGAAUCCUGAUAACGUCGUUGCGACGAAGAUGGCAGCAUCUGGAUUCUUUGGACUGACCUACCUCACGACAUCUUACCAUGUCACGAUGGAAGAGACUUUGUGAUACCAGUUCUGGAUAUAAAGCAUUUAUAAAGGAUUUUAAUGAACAAAAUUUACAAACGAAGCUUGAAACGACUUCCUGCAAUUGUGUUAUGUUUUUCUUGGUAUUUGUACUUUCAGUAUUUCAUCGUGUGGAACCUUCUUCUUUUAAUGUUGGGAUUUUCGUUGUAACUUUGUCAGAUAUAGCUAGAUCGUCUUUCAUUCUAUCGAAAAUGAAUUGUCUCUAUUUUAAAAGAAUCGUCUAUGAAUAUUGCAAACUUGGUUUCUGUUUCAUUUAUAAAAUUUAGUCGUCGUCACAUUGGCACUGGUCAUAACACUUAAUAUGUCUCCUCUCCAUAUUAAACUGCUUCGUUGAACUAACAUGUUAAGCUAACGUACUAUGUAAAUUUGAACCUCUAGACCUUUCUACCAAAGUUGAAAAAUUGAAAAAUCGCUGUAGCUAUACAUAAUAUUCUACUGAUAAUGAUUAAUAUUACCAUGAUCGAAUAAAUAUAAAAAUAGAGAAGCAGUGUAAUGUAAUGUAAUGGUUGUGCAUUUUGUGUGUUUUAUCGUAUUGGCUUCUUGUCUACCUCGUGGGAUUUUGUACAUAAGCUAUAUUGCAAAGCAUUUUUUAUUAUUGAUUAUUUGGUUUUCCCUGAA